AUGGAUAUGCGAAUCGACAGCGAGGUUACUGAAAAUCUGAACACCACACACUUUGGCAUAACUGCUGAUUUGAAAGAUUGCAUUUCUAAUACAGCAGCUACAGAUUCUAGCCUAGACAUGGUUACACAAACGUUUAUUGAAACAAGUGAUUUGGGUGAAAAUGAUGGUAAAGGUACACACAGUUUAACAACAACAACUUUUAUCUGUGACAAAGAUGGCACAUGUGCAAAUGCUGUAUCAGCAGCUUGUGAAACAAGUGUAUUCUGUGAAAAAGACGGCAUAGGUGCAAACGCUGUUUCAACAUUUCUUGAAACAAGUGUAAUCCAUGAAAGAGAUGCCACAGGUGCAAACGCUGUUCUUACAUUUCCUGAAACAAGUGUAAUCCAUGAAAAAGAUGGCACAGGGGCAACUGCUAUUCCAACAAUUCCUGAAACAAUUCCUGAAACAAGUGCAAUGUGUGUAAACAAUGGAUUUGUGGAUUCUGUGGAAACCAGACUGGACAAGGAUGAAAAUGAAAAUGAUAUUAAAGCUAAGCUUACUGGAAAAAACUCAAGAAAGAGUAUGGGUUCUUCUGAUAAUUUAGUUGCAGAGCAACCACCAGUUAAAAAAGGGUUUACACAGUUGGAUGCUAAUACUGACAACUUAAAUGUAAGGUUUGGAGACUUCAAAUUAUUGGAAAAAAUAGGGGAGGGUGGUUUUGGUGAGGUUUACAAAGGUGAAUAUUUGGGAACAGAUAUUGCAGUGAAGAAAGUUAAGAUAAAACGCAUGAAAGUUGUGAAACAGUCAGUGUUGCAAGAAGUUGUCACAAACAGUAAUCUUAGGCAUCCAAACAUUGUUCUACUGAUGGGUUACUCAAUCAAUACUGACUGUCUCUGUCUUCUCACAGAGUUCAUUGCAGGUCCAAAUUUGGAUGAUGUGCUUUUUGCUGACAAUGAGUACGAAUUUACUGUGCCUCAAAAACAUGCAGUGGCAUUGCAAGUAUGUCAGGGUGUAGCAUAUUUACAUAAUAAUAAUCCAAUAGUUAUUCACAGAGACAUUAAGCCUGAAAACAUUUUGCUGACGAGAAAUUUGGAAACGGCAAAAUUUUGUGACAUGGGAUUGUCUAAGGUGAAGGUAAUGAAUACCAUGACCAAAACAGUUGCAGAUCGCAGAGAGACAAAGCCAGGAACUCCAGCUUAUCAAGCUCCAGAGAUUCUUCUGCAAGCUAGGAGAGGCAGAACACAAGCAGAUGUUUGGAGCCUCUGUUGUUCAUUAGUUGAGCUCUUUACUGCCAAAACCAUAUGGGACUUGACCAGUGAGGAUGAUGAAAAUGACGACUCUGUCCAGGUUAUAAUCCGGGCAAUGCAAAGAAAGGAUAUGCCACAUGGGUUAAGUAAUUUAGACAGGGAGCAUACUCUUUCAGUGCAGCUGAAGGCUGUUAUUCAGAAGGGCUUAUCAUACCAGAUUGAGGACAGACCGACAGCAUUAGACUUUGUAGUUGCGCUAAAACAUGAACUUUAA